AUGCCUCACCCAUUAGCAGACACGAAUUUAUUCAAACCAAUCAAAGUUGGAAAAGUGACUUUGAAAAACAGAUUGGCGUACGCACCAACUACAAGAAACAGAAAUACUACAGAAUGGGUCCCUACGGAUUCCAUGAGGGAGUACUAUGCAGAAAGAGCGGAGAAUAACGGAGGGUUGUUGAUUGCAGAGGCCACAUCACCAUCUCCAGAUUUCGGCUAUUACACAAACACACCCAUGAUCGACACUCCACGGCAAGUUGCGGCCUGGAAGAAGAUUGUGGAUGAAGUUCACAGCAAGGGCUCAUACAUGUCGCUUCAAUUGUGGCACUUGGGCCGUGCUGCCAACCCCAAACUCUUGAAAGAUCACGGAAUUGAUUAUGUUGGACCUUCUCCAAUAUACAUAGAUGACACAUAUGAAAAGGGAGCUGAGGCAGCCGGCAACCCGCUCAGAGCCAUGACAGUUGACGAGAUCCACGCAGCAGUGAAAUCGUGGGCAAAAGCCGCCAAGAAGGCCGUCGACGAGGCGGGCUUUGACUUUGUGGAAAUUCACGCUGCACAUAUGUACUUGUUGGAUCAGUUCAUCCAGGCAGUGUCGAACCACCGGACCGACGAGUAUGGUGGAAGCAUCGAGAACCGGUCGCGGUUUGCUCUCGAGGUCGUCGACGCGAUGAUUGACGCAGUUGGUGCCGAGCAUGUGGCCAUUCGGCUUUCUCCGUACGUUCAAUUCCAAGGUGGUGAAGGUAUCAAUGCUAAGAUGAACCCGAUCGUCACGUGGGGAUACAUUCUCAGUGAGUUGGAGAGGAGGGCCCAAGAGGGAAACAGGAUUGGGUAUGUUUCGUUUAUCGAGCCGAGAUUCAAGACUUUUGAUGGGAAGCCAAACCCAUCCGAUAUUGGCAUCCAGUGGGCUACCGAUAUCUGGAAGGGGGUGUUUGUGAUCACGGGAGCCUUGCUUCACGACCCAGAUUACACACGGGUGCGGCAGCUUGUGAAUGCCAACGAUAGAACCAUCAUCGGAUCCAGUAGAUACUACACUUCCAAUCCAGAUCUUGCCAACCGUCUUAAAAACGGCUAUCCGCUCACCCAUUACAACCGGGCAACCUUCUACAACAACAUGUCCAACUACGGCUACAUCACCUGGGGAAAGUAUGGCGAGGAGAACCUAACUGAGGACAGCGAUGUUGCCAAAAGGGUUCCAAAGGCCUUGGCAUGA